AUGGAGUUCACACAACUGGGAUCACCGUCCUCACCACGAAGUCGUAUGCAUCAGCAAUAUGUAUUAAUCAACGAUAUUGUUCACAAAGUUGUUCGAAGUCAAGAUAAAACAACAUUGCAUUUAGCAUAUUUACCAAAGUCUUUGAUCUCAACUGCUAUAAAAAAUUACCAGAAUCAUCUAACCGCACCACACUUCGGCAUUUCGAGGACGUGGAUUAGAUUAUUUAAGCCAUUAUCCACAUCAGUCAAUGGUAACAAGUACGUAUUAAUAUUAACAGAUCAUUUAACCAAAUAUGUGGAGACGAAUGCGAUAUCACAACCUCCAGCACAAGACGCAACAAAAUUCGUAGUGGAACAAGUGAUUCUUCGUCAUGGCACGUCAACAUGCAUAUUAACAGAUCGGGGCACACAUUUUACAGCAGAAUUAUUUCAAAUAUUACAUUCAGCUGCUGAAUUAGAACCAGCGGUAUUAUUAUAUGGACGAAAACCAACAUGCCUAUUUCAACAAUGUUAUGGAUCAAUCACGAUACCCAAAACAUUGGAUUAUGCUGUACAGGCUGAUAGGUAUUUGAAACAAGCUCGACAAGAUGCACAAACAAAUAAUAUAAUAUGUACGACAACGACAAUAUCAUAA